AUGAUCGUCAGUUCUUUAUUUGUUUUAUUGUCAUUAAUUGGUUCAAUCAAAUCAACGUCAACAGGGUUAAGAAAUAAUGUGUUUUUGACUGGAAGUGAAACUCAGGAUACGGUUCUUGCCAUUUCCAAAGGCUAUGGUUAUUUUGUAGUAGGCACAAAGUCCCGAAUCAAGUUUUUCACCGAUGAAGAACUUCGAAAAUUUGUGGGGGAAGUCAAUUUAAGAUUUGUCCAUCGCAGCAAAUUUCUCGAACUCAAAAUAUUGUCAAAAAGUGAAGUGUUCUAUUGCGACACUGUUGAAUGCGGGCUUUGUACCUAUUCUGGAAAAUCGUCGUCUUGUUCAAAAAUUGUUGAUCCGGAUUCUGAAAUCAAAGAGAUCAAAAGCGCUGUUGUUGUCAAAAUAGAAAACUCCGAGCUUUUGAUGCUCCGAAUUUCGUUCAUUGAUACUUCAGAUAAUGAAAAAGCUAUGAUUUUCCAAUUCAAAGCGCAAGACAAUGGGAUAAUUCAACCAAAUACUAUGGCGCUUGACGCCCCAUUCAUUACAGAGAACGAAAACUUAAUUGGAUUUGAAAGAAAUGGCUACAUUUAUUACGUUGGUUCUUCAUUGCAACCAUAUGAACCUGUGGCUCUACUUCAUGAUACUAGUAUAAACGUGAAAUACGUCAAAAUGAUAAGAAUCUGUGCUUCUGAUCAAUCUGAGCAAUUGGCUUCAAAAAUGACAAUUCCUCUAUCAUGUGAUGUUGAAAGCUCUGAUGACAAUUAUCUUAACAAUGACAAUCUCAAUAGCACUGCACAGGCCGCACAAUAUGAUAUUGACAAAGGAUAUUUGACAGUUGUUUUAAGAAGAGAUCGAUCAAGGGAAUAUCUAGUAUGUGGAUUCCAAAUGUCAUUAAUUGAAAAACGAUUCGACUCAAAUUGGAAUAUUUGCCAAGAAACCUCUCUUUCAAGCAGUGAAGCUGGUCCUGUUCUGAAAAAUUGUGACCUACAUAUGGCAACCGGUAAAAACUAUUUGUACGGUUGGCUGGAAGACUAUCGGCCUUUGAUGGGCGAAUUGCUUAUUAGAAUCAAAGAAAAUAAUCACAUUGAUCGAAUAUCAAGCAUUGUGGAUGAUGGACCCGCAUAUUUUGUAACAUUAUCGAAAGACCUGUCACCUCGCCUUGUUCGGAUAUCAGCGGCUAAAAAUUCGCUGGUGCAAUUUCAUUAUGAGAAGCCAAUGCAAAAAUCGGAUAAAUUCUCCAUUUUGAAAAUGUCAAAUAUCCUUCCAAUAAGAGUGUUAUACAUUGAAAAUGAAGAGAUUCGAAUUCUUGCUGCGACAUGUCGAGAUAUGUAUUCGAGUUGUGAAAAUUUGAAAUUUGGUGGAUGGUCUGACCCGUUACAAUGUGCCUGGUGUACGGAUACUGAACCAUUUCAUGUGAUAUCACAACAGGAACGUUCGCAAUGUUCAUCUUAUUUAACUCAUUUCUGUCCACCAGAUGUUAACGAAAUUAAGGUUAUGAAAUUUACAAACGGAUCAGGCUUCACGUUAUAUGGGAAUCGAUUCGCCGGAAUCGAAAAUCCACGAAUUAUUGCCUGCGACGCACCAUGUGACAUUCAUCUUUUUGAAGAUAGCAGAGUCAACUGCUUUAUAAAAAAAGGACAUGACGUUUCGAAUGAUUGUAACGAACUAUCAUUAACCGGAGACAUGGGGCCUAAUAAAGAUUAUACGCUGUCCUUCGAAUAUAAAGACGAUAAGGAUACACAAACUGACCUUGCUGGAUUGGGAGUUAUGAGGAGUUCAGAGAGUGUCAGUAGCAGGUCUUGGAAGGCAGCAGUUGCAGUGCUCAGUGUGAUUUUCAUAAUUUUCGUAGUCGCUCUUAUAGUUUAUUUCAUGCGGAACAGGAUGUCAAGAAUUAAAGCUCAUGUACGAAAACCUAACGGAUUGUCCAAAGUAGAAAACGACUAUGCUCUUGAGCAUUUACCUGGAAGAAUUUCAAAUGUUCAUGCAGCCGAAAAUUAUGUCAAUAUAUUUAGUGCUUAUCCGAAAGAUAUUAAAAUUGAUUUUAAAAAUAUUAAAAUUGAUACGAUGAGAGAGCUUGGUCACGGAAAUUUCGGAGUUGUAUAUGCUGGAAUUUACAAAUGUCUUGAUGGGCGUAAACAAGCUGUAGCUUGUAAAUAUAUGAAAGAAGGAAGUAUUCGAGAAUUUUAUGAGGAAGCACGCAUCAUGACGAAUUUCAAUCAUCCGCAUGUACUAAAGUUGAUUGGAAUAGCAUUGGAUGAUAAAACUCUAGCUCCUGUAGCUAUCACCGAGCUUAUGCAGAAUGGAGAUCUGCAAUCGUAUAUUCAAGAUGUCGAUCAUCAUAUUACACUACGAAUGUUGUUGCGUUUUGCCAUUGAAAUAGCUCAAGGAAUGGAGCAUAUUCAUGAGAAAGGAUUUGUUCAUCGUGAUUUGGCCACUCGAAACUGCAUGUUAGAUGAUAACUUUAGCGUGAAAAUUGCUGAUUUUGGACUUUGUCGACCUUUAAAUGAAGGAACUCAUUUAUACGAACCAAAUAACAUGUUCCGGAACCUUCCAAUCAAAUGGAUGCCUCCAGAAAUAGAACAUCAACUUUUUGGAUACUCCACAGAUGUUUGGUCGUAUGGAGUUUUACUUUGGGAAUUAUUCACUAGAGGUAAUAUACCAUACGCAAAUAUAGAAACAGGACACCUUUUGACAUAUUUGCAACAAGGUCAUCGUAUGAGCAAACCACAAUAUUGCCCGGACAAACUAUAUAACGAGGCUAUUCUAGAAUGUUGGCAGGCGGAUCCCCAAAGCAGACCAAGUUUUACUCAGCUUGUCGGUCUCCGAUGUUAUUUCGAGGCCAACGAGAAAUCAGUCAGGAACGUAACCCUCUACUGCCCAAUGAAAAUGACAAUGAAUAUCUUGCCCGACCUCUAA